GGCGCGCGCCUCCCUCCUGCACCUGAAGAGUCACAGCAGCAGCAGCAGCACAACGCGUCCUGCACACUUUCCGAUGAUACCAAAGCCGUAGUUUCCUUCAUACCUUUUUUUUAAUAGCAACACGCCGAUUUUCAGACUUUAAAAUAAAAUGUUUCGGUUCAAGCGAUCGUUCGAGGGAGAAAAGCUUCAACUGCAGGAACUGAACCAGAGGCUCGGGCACUACCUGUCCAGAGCGAAACUGCUGGAGCAAGAAAACGCGCGUCUUGUGGCAGAAAUAAACACGAUCAGGCAUCACAGGUGUACAGAAUGGGAGAACACACGCAUGGCCGAGCUAAGGGAGAUGAGAAGGCUGGUAGAACAACUGUCUUUGGAAACAUGCAGGGCGGAGAUGGAGCGGGAGAAGCUGCGCAAAGAACUUCAGCUGAUCCAGGCCAUGCGCUCCGACGAGUCCGCACUUAGCACAAGUCUGGAUGGCGAGCUGAAAGGUUGUGAAAAGCAGCUUUGUCAAGCUCUUCACAACAACGGCGUGUUGGAGGAGCGCCUGCUUCAGCUGCAGAACGAAUGCGCUCUUUUGCACGAUGUUCACAGGAACGAGGUGGCGCGCCUCAGGAACCAGGUUCACACCCGCGUCUUACCUGCGGUCACCAGAACUUAUCACGGGCCGCCAGCGUUCACUACGGAAGAAGUCCAGGAUUAUGCGCUUAGCCUGUCUGAGAGCUGGAUGGAGACCUUUGAGAUGUAUCGCCAGCAGGUUGAAGAGAUGGAAGAAUCCAUAAAAGCGGACCAGGCGAGGCUCGAAGAUAUGAGGAGAGAGAAGAUGGGGUACGCUUCAGAGCUGAAGCAACUGCGGGCGGAAAUGGAGAAGCACAGCCAGAUGCAGAUGCAGCUGGAGGAGCAUCUCAUGGACAUGCAGGAAAAGUUUAGAAAAGAUAUCAGCCAGUAUCAGAUUAUCAUUGAAGAACUGGAAGAAGAGCACAUGCUUCUGGGUAACACCAUUUCAGAAAAGCUGAAGGAUCAUCAUGACCUCCUACAGGUCAAAAUGGGACUUGGCAUGGAAGUAGCUGCAUACAGGGCACUGCUUGAAGGUGAAGGUAAACAUCCUCAGAUGAGGUCUUCAAGAGAAAGAAUAAUAGAUAUCCAAAUGCCAGCCCAUUCUCACAUGCCAAGAACCUCUACCUUGACAACUAGUCGUCCAGACGUGAAACGGAAUUUAUUCGGGUAUGAUUUCCGGAAUAAAGAACCCAUUUCCAGCAUGAGAACCUCCACCGUAUCCAGGCAGUUUGAUUCCCACAAAACGUCCAGGAUUUUGCCUAUCGCUAUUUCAAACCAUGGACAACAGACUCCUGCUGCUAGAAGAGACAUGAUUUCUUUCACCAAAGCUAAACAGGCUUUAGGCACGCCAAGCACAAGCAAACCAGAUGUCUCUGCCACUAAGACUACUAGCGAAAAAGUGAAGGAAGAACAGAAGGUAAUUAUCAAAGAUAUGACUAAAAGCCCACCAAUAAGUUCACCUGAUAUUUUCCAGACAGAAAUCCAAAGCAAAUCAUUCCCCACUGCACCAUCAACAGUUGAAAUAAAAACAGUCAAAGUUGUGUCACCACCUAUGAUGAGCCUGAACAUUAAUGCAAAAAGCCCCCAGGAAGUUGUUGAUAAGAAAUAUAAACAAGAAGAUGAGAGCACAAAAGAUCAUACCAAGGCAACAGUGCAACCUGAUGCAGUACCAUUUAUCCAGCAAAUGGAAUCCAAUCAAGAAAGUGAAAGAGAUUUGAAAGAUUCUGGAAAUGUGGGACCAAAGGUAUUUGCAGGUGAGGAAAAAGUUUUGGACUCAGUGUCCAUGAAAGAAAUUAUUGAAAAGGUCAUAAAGCCUGCUGGCUUUGACACAAAGAUCAGUUCAUCUCCUGACUCAAAGAUCACAUACCAUGUAGAGAAAAUAGAGCAAGAGGAUGGGAACACUAAAACUCAGAUUGUACUGCAAUCAAAAGUCGAAGAGGACCUGGAUGUGUCAGACAGCUCAGUUCUUGGGGAACUCCUUAGUGAGGGGGUACAUAAAGUCUCACUGGAGGACAUUAAGGGGACUCCAACAGGAAGCAUGAUAGAGAACCUUCUGCACCUUGGCCUUGAUAGUGAAAGCUUAGAAAACAAGUCAGUUAAAGUGGAGAUAAUGGAGGCACCACUAGAAUCUCAUAGUCAUGAAGGGGAAGCUGAAAUUAAAGAGACUGUAGAGGUUAAGUCAAAACCUUACUUUCAACCUUCAUCAAUGUUCUUUCACAUCGAUGAACCAGAGAAUGAACCUCAGCCAGCUGAACACCAUGAAAACACUGACGAGCCUGGGGAAACCUCAGGGUAUGACAAGAGUGGAUUUGUGCAAGUGCAGGACGUGUCCAAAGAUGAGAGUUACCCAUACUAUUCUCAGGGCCAAGAAACACAAGAAUACUAUGUUUCCACCCCUGAUGACAACAUGUCUGAAUCAGAGGAAGGUGGCGGAUUUAUGUCUUAUGGACAUUAUGGAGUGGUGGAAGACCUUUCAGAUGAGAGAUACUUCCAGGAAGAAGGUCUGCCUGCAAACAGGAGGUAUUCUGAAGAAGGGGAACAUGGCAGUGAGUCACCUGAAUAUGUCAAAAGAGACAAAGCUGGAAUCUCAGAGUGUAUUUUUGAAGAGGAAGUGCAUGUUUCACCCAGAAUGCAAGAGUCCAUGCUGGAGAUCCUGCAAGAAGAGUCAUUAGACCCUAGAGAACAGCUAAAGGAAGCACUGGAGCAGCUAGAAGGCACUGUGUCUGGAACACUAAAAGAAGAACUUGUUUCUUUCACCAGAUCUGGUCAAAGUCCUGAGAACAUGUCUGUUAACAUCCAGAAGGUGCAACAGUCCCCAGAUAGUGGAACAACGACCUUUGUGGCAGAGCUUAAUAUUUCCCAGAGUCUGGAAGAGUCUGGACUGCUGCAAAAUGAGGAAGAUGACCUGCCACAGGAACAGAUAAUGGCAGCACUGCGGUCCUCCAGCUCCGACUUCCACCAGGUGCAGAGUGCUGGAACUGGUGCUGAGUACACCAUCAGACUCUCCACCGAAGAGGUCCAAAAAGGGGAAAUGCCAUGGAUGACCAACCUUGAAGGAACUGAAGCCAUGCAAUUAAGUAGUGAAAUUAGCAAGACAGAAAAAGUCAUUAGGCUGGGGCCUAAUGAGAGAUCCUUUACGUUCCAAAUGGACAUGAACAACAGUGGAUCUGCAACGGGUGUAGAAGGGAGGGAUUCUCAAGAAAAAAAGGGUAAUGGAGCCAAUGGGCAGGAAUUUCUACAGACCCAUAAGAACGAACCUGCAUUGUCAGUCUACCAGGAGAAAAAAAUAGCUACUGUUUAUCUUGAAAAACCCCAAGAGGACUAACUGAGGUCAAUAAAACCAUCUAUAGCUGAGAUCCAAAUAAAAUCACCUGUUAUAUAAGGUAUGGUGAAAAGUUCAUUACUGUCAUUGUUUUUACAGUGCAUGUAGAAUGUAGCACAUAUCAAGGACAAGGUUUGGUUUUAAGACACUUUUGGUUUUGUGCCAUUUUUUUGCUGUGUAAGCCUCAAAAAAUUAGUCAUGUUUAUUAUAUUCUUAGCCUGGAAUGACAUAAUACAUUUUUAAAAUAAAGUUUUCUGAUUUGCAUAAAAGAGCAAUCAAUAUCAUUGGAUUGCAAGAACACUAUGUUGUAACACCACACAAUAUUUUAUACCAAACUUCAAAUCAGAUACUGUAGCACACUGUGCUAAUCCUGUAUUCAACCACGGCUUCGUAUAUUUCCUUAUUCUACUUUCAUUUACUCCGUUUUUAUAUUUUACCUUUAACAUAUAUCAUUUUAAAUGUAUUGUGUAUUCUAUGGCAAAUGCACUACCAUCUUUUACUUUGAUAAUAUUGUUUUGAUGAUUGAUGAUUUUACAUAUUUUUUAAUUGGUAUUCUUUACACUUACUAAGGUCCACAGCUUUAUCUAGUCAAAUAUAUUUUGUAAACAAAUGUAUGAUGCCAAGAAUAUGUAAAAACUCCUAAAUUAAUAUAGAGCAGCGGUGACUGUUCUUUUUGUCUGUGCUUAUUAUGGUUUGAUAUAUACAAGUAAAUGAUUACUAAAAUUGGGUAUAGAAUUUGGUGCAUUAAAACAUUAUUUUAUUUUCAGUAUUGAUUAUUGAUUAUAGACUAAUAACAGACUUGAUUGCAUUUAAAAUUUGGCUUUGUGACAGGUAGAGAUUUCAGACUACCCUUCCUGCCAUUCUUAGUUCUGGUAAUCCUUAAAUGGUAUUAGCAUGGCAUUCACUAAUCAGCUUUCUUGCUCUCCCAAACUAAGGUAGGACAUUUUCAUUGAGAGCAAGAGAGAGAGAGAGAGAGAAAGAGAGACAGAUAGAGACAGAGGGAGACAGAGAGAGGAAAAUGUGUAAAAGCAGGUUUCUUUAAAAAAGCAACAGUGUCAGAGUAGCGAUCCCUGAGGAAGUGUGUAACAGCAUGUUUGCAUAACAAGUGUAUUUUGGGAACCUUACUCUUGCUUCACAUAGUGGUAAUGGAGAAAGUGAGAGGAAAGAAGAGAGUGAGUAAAGCCAGGGUACAAGUAAUCCUCUUUAGAGUUCUCUAUAAACAUAACUCCUGAAGAGUUGUGUAUUUGUGGGUAUUUAGUACAAGUGUUGAAUGUUGAAAUUUGCAACAAUUAAUAACAAUACUGUAUAAUAGUCAUUUAAUAAUAAAGAGACUGUUCUCUGUUUCA